AUGCGUGGAAAUGUUAUGAUGGAGCGCCCUCUGGUGGCGAUGGCUUGCCAUGGCUGUGUGGGAUCCAAAUGUGACUGCAGUGGAGUAAAAGGAACCAAGGGUGAACGGGGUUUCCCGGGUCUCACCGGACAGCCAGGGGUUCCAGGUUUCCCCGGACCUGAGGGGCCAAUCGGAGGCAGAGGAGAGAAGGGUACCGAUGGAUCUCAGGGGCUUUAUGGUCCAAAAGGAAUAAGAGGGCCAUCUGGAUUGCCAGGAUUCCCAGGAACGCCAGGACUUCCCGGUCUGCCCGGCCAGGAUGGACCUCCAGGACCGAGAGGAAUUGCGGGCUGCAACGGGACAAAGGGUGACAGGGGGUUCCCAGGAAUUGGAGGAAUCCUCGGUCAGCAGGGACAGCCGGGUGUACCUGGUCUGCCAGGAAUAAAGGGCGACCCAGGUGAUGUGAUCUCCACCAAUCGUUUUGGAGAGAAAGGUUCAGUGGGACUACCCGGACUACCAGGAGUUGCUGGACGUUCUGGACCCCCCGGUUUGCAAGGCCCGCUCGGCCCACAAGGAAACAGAGGUCCUGAUGGUCGUUCAGGUCCUCCCGGCAGCCCCGGACCAAAGGGAAACAUGGGAUUGAACUUCCAAGGCCCCAAAGGAGAGAAGGGUGAACCAGGUCUGGCAGGCCCUGCUGGUCCUCCGGGACAAGUGGGAGAGCAGAAGAGACCCCCAGAGACGGAGAUCCAGAGAGGAGAUAAGGGAGACCCCGGUCUUCAAGGUUUUCAAGGUGAUCCAGGAUAUCCAGGAGCCCCUGGUCCCUCAGGAGGCCAGAAAGGAGGCAAGGGAGAAGCAGGAGAUGCAGGCAAACGAGGCAAAAACGGAAAAGAUGGCGACCCCGGUGGUCCAGGCUUCCCCGGAGGUAAAGGAGACUCAGGCCAGCCAGGUCCUCCAGGAAGGGAUGGAGAGACGGGUUUCAAAGGUGAUCGUGGAUACCCAGGCCCACCAGGCGUGGUGAUCGGCUCGCAGCAGGGGGGGCAGGUCGGCCCUAAAGGUGAGCCCGGCUACCCCGGAUCACCUGGAUACAAAGGAGAGAGAGGACAAGGAGGUUUAUCGGGCCCUCCAGGAGCCCCAGGAGUCUCAGCUACCGGGGGUGGAGGCGUCUCAGGACCUCCAGGCUUCCAGGGAGAGAGAGGUGGGAAGGGAGAUGCUGGCGUUCCCGGUCUUUCUCUGCCGGGACCCCCAGGACGAACAGGGUCCAACGGGGGUCAGGGAGCUCCAGGACUCCCCGGACCUCCAGGAUUCUCCUCGGCUCAACAGAACUGCGUGGCCGGAGAGCCCGGACGCUCAGGAGUCCAGGGAGAGAAAGGGUUCCCCGGAGAGUCUGGACAGAAAGGUGAUAAGGGGGAGACGUGUGUGAACUGCUUUGGAAGUACCACCGGCAGCCAAGGACCCCAAGGACCUGCCGGACAGCCAGGAUUCCCCGGAGCUCCCGGAGGUCCAGGAGUCAAAGGAGACCGAGGAUACCCAGGAUCUCCAGGCUCCUCUGGACCCGCUGGUCCCUCCGGUUCUCUGGGUUCUCCAGGUUUCCCCGGACAGAAGGGAGACCCCGGAGAUGCCGUCACGGUGAGCGGUGGGCGGGGAGAUAAGGGAGACAGCGGAUUCCCCGGAUCUCCCGGUCUUCCCGGUUUGGACGGUCGACCCGGUCGCGAUGGACAACCCGGAAACCCAGGAGCCAAAGGAACUCCG